ACUAUAGCGGCUGUGCAGUAGGUUUAUACUAAGUAUCUAACAUCCUCAACCACUGUAUCCGGUCCUUGUGUGUUCACCACCUUUCCGAAUCAUUAACCACACCUGCAUAUAUAUAGCUCGUCUAUAUCGUCUACAUGGCGUUCACCGCAACGGACAAGCAGGCUUUCUUUGCAAUAUUGGAUGAGUACUUCUCUUCCCGCCCGAACCUUGUAGUCAGCGAAGCGUCGUCAGAAAAUCCACAGGUAGCGGCAGGCCCUCUAUCUGGACGAACACUGAAUAGCCUUGCGACUGAUGUGCACAAGACUCUGUCUUCUCCCAAUACUGCGAGGAACGCACAGGCUUUGGCAUCCAGUAUGCAGUCUUCAUCACAAUCAGACCUUCCUAGCUCUGCAGGCCGAGUAGCCGCGGCUGCAGCUGCAUUCAAGUUCAACCAAAGCCCAAGUCAGAAUCCGUCCGCACCUCCAAGACCCCCAUUUAGACAAACACCCAGUCAAUCAUCAGAAUCGGAGCAAGAACCUGGUCAUCAACGUGCCAGUUUGCGCGAGGAACCACAUGUCACUAGUGGCCGGCUCCUUGCACAGAAGAAAUUUGGUGAUGUGGAUAUGUCGUCAGGGAAAAACAUGCUCAUGUCACUGAAGCAUUCAAAUACUAAUAAGAGUGCCGCGCCUCCCGAGGUUGCUCCCCCUACACCUGCUGCAUUCGCCCAUAAGAAGAGUACCUUUGCACCUCCGCCUGUACGACACGUAUCAGCAACAUCGCCACCUCCAAGUAGAUCCGCCUCUACCGUUGAAUCUCCUGCACCGGCGCCCCCUGUGCCGCCUUCACGCAGAGCCCCAGCAAAGGAAGAGCCUCAGGGUGAAUGGGCGGAGGCCCUAUAUGAUUACAGUAGCGAAGAUCCAGGCGAUCUUCAGCUUCAAGAGAAUGAACGGGUGCUCGUGGUUGAAAGAAACUCGGAUGACUGGUGGACUGGUGAGAUCGAGGGACGGCGAGGAUUGUUUCCCGCUGCGUAUGUCAAGUUACUGUAGGCGCGGUGUCGCACGACUGGACAAUGUAUUUUGGAUCUCCGCGGUGUGUCUUGCCCAAUACGGACAUUAUGGUUUAACUGUGGUCGAUUGCGGUCUCUGCUGUCAGCCUCUGUAAGCCUCUAGGUAUUGGCACAGUAUAAGUAUCCUCCUUGACCGGCAUUUGCCUCUUUGACCUUCGUUCGAGUUAAAGGCGGGGCAGGUUGCGUUUCCCUCU